AAAGUUUGAAUCUACCUGAUGAGGAAGACACUGAAAUGAUAAAUUAUAAUGAUGAGGAUGGGGUUUGGUUUAGCCUAAUAGAUAUAGAGAAUCUAAUAGCCAAUAGUUUUGAAAAUACUGAAGAUGGUUGUAUGCAUUUUUCAGGGACUUUAAAGUUUGACAAAAAGUUUAUUAGUAGUAUGUCGAAUGAAA